AUGUGCAAUACUUUUAAGGAAUGGCAUACCAGUGCAUUUUUAAGGUUACGUUUGCUAGUUGGACUAUUAUUUCUGCUUUCGGUCGGCGCCAAUUCAAGCCCAACGUGGGAUGAACUCGAUGCGAGGACGAACCCUAGGUGGUAUGACGAGGCGAAGUUUGGUAUUUUUAUACAUUGGGGUCUCUUCAGUGUUCCAGGAUAUCUGUCUCCAUGGUAUCAAUCCUACUGGCAGGGACACUGGGAAGGGCCCUACGGGAGCUGGAAGCAAUACGACUCCUUUGUAAACGAGACGGAGCGAUCGAAUUUUGCCUACCAGGAUUACGCCCAUCGUUUCUUGGCAGAGCUCUACCGACCGGACUACUGGGCAGACGCCUUUGCUAAAUCUGGGGCGCAAUAUGUUGUACUUACAAGUAAGCAUCACGAAGGAUACUGUAUGUGGAACUCGACCAAUAUUGCUACGACUUGGAACUGGAACGUCAUGGACACAGGACCACGUAGGGACCUCUUGGGAGAUUUGUCGAAGGAAGUUAAGAAAGCGGUCAGUCCCUAUACCAAUCGUACUUUGAAGUUUGGUAUCUAUCAUUCCUUGCUGGAAUGGUUCAAUCCCCUUUACCAUCAUGAUAUGAAGAACAACUGGACUACUCAAACGAUGGUGGACUUAAAAGUUCUGCCAGAACUGUACGAUCUUGUGAAGCGCUACCAACCCGACUUAUUAUGGUCCGAUGGAGCUUGGGAAGCAGAUAGUACAUACUGGAAAGCAACGGAAUUUUUAUCCUGGUACGGAUACAACAGCUCGGUAGCGGAGACAGCUGUCUGGAACGAUCGUUGGGGUACUGACGCCACGUGUGCACAUGGAAGCUACCUUACUUGCAAUGAUCGCUACCAACCUGAUAGUUUUCAAGAAAGGAAAUGGGAAGAUGCUACGACUAUGGAUACAAGCUCUUGGGGAUACAAUCGCAAUGCUACCGCGCAGGAUUUUAUGAGCGUCAAGGAGCUCAUCGAUCAAUUGAUUAGGGUGGUGGCUUACGGUGGAAAUCUGUUAUUGAAUGUUGCGCCUGCAGGCGACGGUACGAUCCACCCGUUGUACAUUGACCGACUGAUGGGUAUAGGAGAGUGGCUGGGCGUGAACGGUAGAAGUGUCUAUGGCACAAGACCCUGGAGCGUUUGCCAAACCGAAUCAGACUCGAACGUAUUCUAUACGAGAAGCAACGAAAGUUUGUUUGCACAUAUCACCCAAUGGCCAGCAGAGAGUGUCCUUGUUCUAAAGUGUCCUCAUCCCAGCUCUCGAACUAAAUUUCGAAUGUUGGGAUUGACAGAGGCCUCUCUAGAAUGGAAGAGACAAAUGCAUACUGAGACUUCAGGAUUCGAUGUAAUAAGGCGAUUUCCAGACAUUGCCAUUGCACUUCCCAAACUAACUCCAGAUAUUUUGCCAUGCCAUCACGCAUGGGUCCUGGAAAUCAGUGAAGUAGAAAACCUGUAG